AUGUUAAGUGUAACCAGAUCGGUAUCAGCCCCAAAUUUCAGCGUGCGAUCCGUUGGAUCCUAUAGCUCCAAGAGCCAUUUCGAGGAUAAUCCCAGUCAGCAUGAAACCCAGUUUUCGGACAGGGACCGCUUUGUGGAGGUGGCCACCAGCAUCACCCAUAUUCCAACGAGGCGGAACCCCUCUACCUGCAUUUUCCGCACCUACGUCUGCCUGCUGUUGGUUGGCCAGGUGACCCUGGCCUCGCUGCAGUGGCUCGGAUCCACGUACCGCUGGAGACCCGAGAUGAGUGCGGCCAACCGCAGCCUGUCCGUUCUGCUGCUCCUGCUUUCGUGGAUCAACAUGACGCUGGCCUUCGUGGGCUUUCGGCGGCUGCAGUUCACCUUCCCACUCAAUUGGAUUGUCUUCGGGUGCAUCUUCGAGAGCCUCACGCUGCUGGUGGUGUGUCUGCACAUCCUCGAACAGGAUCUCACCUGGCCAUUUGUGCUCAUUGGCAUUGGCGUGCUGGUUGUCUAUACGCUGCUGGGGCUGUGGGUUCCUGGAUUCCUCACCGCCAACCUGUGGAUCCUCGUCCUGGCGAGCAUCGUGGUCUUCCUUGUCUCGGCAGUGGCUGUGGGCUUCCGCCUGGAGAUGCGAUACUACGUGCCCGCCAGCGUCUGUUUGGUGUUCUUCGGACCCUGGGCCAUGUACAACUCCCAGAAACUCUUCCUGCGUCACAAGCGGUCUGGUUACUUAGCUCACCAGUACUUGGAGGCGUCCGCCAAGAUGUUCAUCAACUACGCCUUCACUGUGAGUGGCAUUAUAUUUGCCCACCGCUUCUCAGUGGACACCUUGGAUGCUCACAGUUAGGAUAUGAGUAUGUAAUUUUUGUAACUCUUUCGUAGUGCUUUGCUCAGUUAAAUUAGGUGUCGCGAAAUUUUUUGUAAUUCCUUUAUUAAAUUUUCCCAGAAAUAACAUUGUGUACUG